AUGCCUCAAGGACCACUGGAUCCAAACUACUACGACAUCAUCGUUGUCGGAUCUGGCGCGGCUGGAUUGACAGCGGCCCUCUCAGCGAAAGUCUCUAGCCCCGACCUCCGCGUUCUUAUAGUCGAGAAGGCACCACGCGAAUGGAGAGGAGGCAAUGGCUACUUUACAGCUGGCGCAUAUCGCACUGCUCACGAUGGUCUACCAUCUCUUCUGCCAUUGGUAUCCAACGUACCGCCGGAGUUGAAGGACAAGAUUGAUCUGGCACCUUAUACCACAGAGGACUUCCAACAUGACCUGCAACGCGUGACAGGAGGCCGCAUCGACAAGGAAUUGGGAGCCGUGCUCGUGAACGACAGUCUUGACACCGUUCGCUGGCUCAAGGAACAUGGAAACGUGGACUGGUGGCUCAGUUUCCGACGUCAAGCCUACGAAGUGCAAGGCAGGUGGAAGUUCUGGGGUGGUCUGGCACUUACGGUCAAAGACGGAGGUAAAGGUCUGAUCAAGAAUCUGUCUGAAGCUGUUACGAAGAGGGGAAUCGUUACCUCGUUCGACACGAAGGUCGAACGCCUACUUCUCAACGGAGAAGGAAGCAUAGCUGGAGUCGAGGUCUCGAAACAAGGCAACGCAGACUCUAAAUUUCAGCUGUAUGCACCCAGCGUAAUUCUGUGCGCUGGUGGGUUCGAAGCAAACCGAGAGCUCAGAAAAUCCUUCAUGGGACCUGGCUGGGAGCUUGCUCACGUCCGUGGCACUCCUUACAAUACUGGUGACAUGCUUUUGGCUGCCCUGGACCUAGAUGCGCGAAAAGCAGGCGAUUACAGCCACACAGGUUGUCACAGUGUCUGUUGGGAUGCAGACUCACCUCCGGAUGGAGGCGACAGAGACAAAACCAAUGAGUUUACCAAGAGUGGAUAUCCGCUUGGGCUCAUGCUCAAUGUCCGCGGCCAACGUUUUGUCGAUGAAGGCGUCGAUCUUCGAAAGUAA